AUGUGCUUUUCCUUAAAUUGUUUACUUCUAGGCGAGAAAUCUAGAAAUUCUAUCUCAGUUAUUAUUGCCGAAGGAAUCUCUGUUCCUGAUAAUAAUAAUAAUAAUAAUUCCUAUAUAGUCAAACAUAAUGAUAUUCUAGUUUCACAUUUCAUGUCUAUUGUCUUUAAAAGAAAAAGUGACAAACUUAAUUCACUUAAUUCUGACAGUCUGGAACUUUGGGUAAAAAGGUUGAAGUUAACGAAAAUAAACUUGAAGGAUUUUCUACAGAUGACAUUAAAAAUGAUCUUGGAGGCGAGUGUAUGGAGUCGAUACUUACUUAACAAAUAUUUUACUAAGAAAAAUUUUGAUAAAAUGAAAUCGAGAAGGAGGCAAUUCACAUCAUCGUACAAGUGCCCGUUGUGUAAAAACUGGCAGAAGUUCACAAUUUCAACUGCACUUGAUGUUGUUAUCAAAGAUAUUGGCAGUGAUAUUAAUUUUGUCCUCCUUGGCAUCGAUGUUGAAUUGUCUCCACAAUUUAGCAAAAGGAAUAAUAAAUUUGGAAAUGAUACCUCCUUUACCUGGUAUGGUCUAUGUCCGCAUGCCAUACAUAUGAGUGUGGAUAAUAACCUCAAUGAAGGCUUCAAAGCAGAUCAAUUUUGGAUUGACCAAAAAUCUCAUGUCUUGUGGCAAGAUUUUGAAGACUUCAAUAUGCGAUUUUGGGUCCUAUGUCUUCAAAAAUAAUUGUAAACUGAAAAUUGUUCGUUAUUUGUACAUAAUUUUACACAUGAUAUAUACAUGAUAUGUAAAAAAAAAUGAGCCCAAAUUGAAUGUUAUCUGAACAUAUUUUGCUUAAAUUUUGUUU